CGCCAUGGAGGAGCCGAGCCGGGACCGGCCGGGACGAACGGGCGGACCAGGAGGGCAGUGGCCGCGGCCAUGGCUGGGCGUGGCGUUGCUGCGGUGCCCCAGGGCUCAGUAAGGCUCCCACCGGCAUAGCCCCCCCAGCUCAGUUGCCCCCUGCAAUGUGCCCCCGCUGGCCUCGGUGAUGUAUGCGCCGGAGUGCAAGGCGGAGGUGACGCCGUCUCACCAUGGGCACCGCUCAUUCAGUUACACCCUGGAGGAGCACACCAAGCAGGCCUUCGGCAUCAUGAACCAGCUGCGUCUGAGCCAGCAGCUGUGCGACGUCACCCUGCGGGUGCGCUACCAGGACGCCCCCCCGGCCGACUUCCAGGCCCACAAGGUGGUGCUGGCCUCCUCCAGCCCCGUCUUCAAGGCCAUGUUCACCACGGGGCUGCGGGAGCAGGCCAUGGAGGUGGUGCCCAUCGAGGGCAUCCACCCCAAGGUGAUGGAGCGUCUCAUCGAGUUUGCCUACACGGCCUCCAUCUCGGUGGGCGAGAAGUGCGUGGUGCACGUCAUGAACGGCGCCGUCAUGUACCAGAUCGACAGCGUGGUCAAGGCCUGCUGCGACUUCCUGCUGCAGCAGCUGGACCCCAGCAACGCCAUCGGCAUCGCCAACUUCGCCGAGCAGAUCGGCUGCACCGAGCUGCACCAGCGGGCCCGCGAGUACAUCUACAUGAACUUCGGGGAGGUGGUCAAGCAGGAGGAGUUUUUCAACCUCUCGCACUGCCAGCUGGUGACGCUGAUCAGCCGGGACGAACUGAACGUGCGCUGCGAGUCCGAGGUCUUCCACGCCUGCAUCAACUGGGUGCAAUACGACUGCGCCAGCCGGCGGCUCUACGUGCAGGCCCUGCUGCAGGCCGUGCGCUGCCACUCGCUCACCCCCCACUUCCUGCAGACCCAGCUGCAGAAGUGUGAGAUCCUGCAGUCGGACUCGCGCUGCAAGGACUACCUGGCCCAGAUCUUCCAGGAGCUCACCCUGCACAAGCCCACCAAGGGCAUGGUCACGCGCGCCCCCAAGGUGGGCCAGCUGAUCUACACGGCCGGCGGGUACUUCCGCCAGUCGCUCAGCUACCUGGAGGCUUAUAACCCCUGCGACGGCUCCUGGCUCCGGCUGGCGGACCUGCAGGUGCCCCGCAGCGGGCUGGCCGGCUGCGUGGUCGGGGGGCUCCUCUACGCCAUCGGGGGGCGGAACAACUCGCCCGACGGCAACAUGGACUCCAACGCCAUCGACUGCUACAACCCCAUGACCAACCAGUGGUCGCCCUGCGCCCCCAUGAGCGUGCCCCGCAACCGCAUCGGCGUGGGCGUCAUCGACGGCAUGAUCUACGCCGUGGGUGGCUCGCAUGGCUGCAUCCACCACAACAGCGUGGAGAGGUAUGAGCCGGAGCGGGACGAGUGGCAGCUAGUGGCCCCCAUGCUGACACGCAGGAUCGGCGUGGGGGUGGCCGUGCUGAACCGCCUCCUCUACGCCGUGGGCGGCUUUGACGGCACCUGCCGGCUCAGCUCGGCCGAGUGCUACUACCCGGAGCGGGACGAGUGGCGCAUGAUCGCCCCCAUGCAAACUAUCCGGAGCGGAGCGGGAGUCUGUGCCCUCAACAACUGCAUCUACGCCAUGGGAGGCUACGACGGCACGGACCAGCUCAACAGCGUGGAGCGCUACGACGUGGAGACGGACAGCUGGGCCUUCGCCGCCCCCAUGGGGCACCGGCGCAGUGCGCUGGCCGUCACUGUGCACCAGGGCAAGAUCUACGUGCUGGGCGGCUACGACGGGCACACCUUCCUGGACAGUGUGGAGUGCUAUGACCCCACCACCGACACGUGGACGGAGGUGACGCGCAUGACGUCCGGGCGCAGUGGGGUGGGGGUGGCCAUCACCAUGGAGCCGUGCCGCAAACAGGUGGACCAGCAGCUCGACUGCUGCUAG